ACCUCAUAUAGCUUGCGCGGGAGGCGUUUCCUUUAUUUGUUGGUUGUACGCUGCGUGAUAGUGACGUGACUCUGCGCAGGACACAGGACAUCAUGCGUGCUUUGCUGAUAUGUACGCUGUGCGUAAUCACAGCCUAUGCGCAAUACAAUGACUCACCAGCCCCGCCACGACUGCAGAUACCGGGUGCGAUCCCAGUCGGCGGACCCAGGCAAGGAGGUUAUAGACAGGGACGCCUACAAGCGUCCCCACUCGGCCCAGCAAGAAUCAGGCGGCCGGGCUUAGCCAGACCAUCGUUCAAAUCUGUUGACGCUUCACCAAGACCGAGCCUUCAGUCUCUUGAUGAGCCUGCAAAACCGGUUACUGAAGAACCAGAAGAUGAAUUAGAAAUCAAUACACCAACUGCUUUUUCACCGAAUAUAUUCUCGACGGCGGAACCGCAAAACGACUACUUCGAUAUAACGACCACAUCUCAACCCAAACCACCAAUUGUUUACAACCAAUCGCCAUUCCCACAAUCGACGCCGUCGUCAAUUCGUCAACCACUGGAACCUAUUAAGCCUACACAGUACCGACCAUUGCUGGCUCCCCAAGCUUUCAACCCUGUCAGAAAUGAACCACUCAACAAGCCACAACCAGUGAGGCUGCAGCCUCUUUCAAGCAGACCCCAGAGGCCUGUAUUCAGACCCGAACCCAAACCAUUCAUUGAAGAUGACGAGGCACCUAUCCAACCGGUAAGACAGUACUCACGACCACAAGAACCUAUUAACAGGGCACCUCCCAAGGCUCCUCAGCAAAAAUACACCCCGUCACACCAAAGAGAGAAGAAGCCUGUCGCACAAAUCAUCCGUAAAUACAGAGAUGAAAAUGAAGAUGGCAGUAUCACGUGGGGAUUCGAAAACGACGAUGGAUCGUUCAAGGAAGAGACCAUCGGCGUUGACUGCAUCACUCGUGGCAAAUACGGGUACGUUGAUCCUGAUGGAUUGAAGCGUGAGUACAAUUACGAAACCGGUAUUCCUUGCGACAAAGCAAAGGAAGAACAGGACGAGAAAGGUUUCGUAGAUUACCAGGAAAAUAAGGCUGUAUUACCUAAUGGAAUUACCAUUGAUCUCGCUGCAAUGGGCAAGAAAUCUAAGAGGCCAUUCAGAUCACCCGUAAAUCAUUAGGUUAAGUUUACAUUAAAUAUAUUUAUUUUAGGAACAAUCUAAAUAUAAGGACAUUUUUCGUUGUCUCGUCAUGCAAGUGUUAUGUGCAACAUAACAUUUCAUUCAAUUCAAGUGGGUUUACAUGUGCCUUGAAUGUACAUAUAAAUGAAAGAUGAAAAUAAUAAAAAUGAAAAAUUUAA